AUGGGUGGGAUCUCCCUUCGUUCCCCUCCAUUUUCCAUUUCUUCUCUUAUUUCAUGGCUUUCUUCCCCGCAACUUCUUCUCGUUCUAUUCACUGCUUUUCUCGUCAUUCUUUACUUUGAAUCGCAGAAAGUCGUCACCACACAGAAGUAUUUUCAGAGAUUAUUGCCGAUCCCAUUCGGUAACGAUGAGAGGCCUCCAUUCGAAAUUAAUGCUGUCAGUGAUCUCCCGAAUGAGCCAUUCGAUGAAAAUCUCUAUCAAACGCUUAGCUUCACUAAUGCGAGCAUUUGGGUAAACGGUCACAACUUGACUUUCAAAGAGCCACCGAAAACACCAAAGAAUAAGAAACUUAUUGUACAUCUUCUACUUCAUUCGCAUAUUGAUCCAGGCUGGCUGCGAACCUUUGAAGAAUACUACAAUGAGAAGGUGAAAACGAUCUUGACUGGAGCGGUGGAGGGUUUAGUGAAAAACGUGAAUUUACGAUUUAUUUGGUCGGAAAUGUCAUUUCUGGAGAGAUGGUGGAAAGAUGCGACCGAGGAAUUGAAGGGAAAUUUCACGAUGCUUCUGAAUUCUGGACGAUUGGAGCUGUGUGGCGGUGGCUGGGUGAUGACUGACGAAGCGACUCCCCAUUUCCAUUCGACAAUCGAUAAUAUGAUCGAAGGACAAACUUUUAUCAAGAAACUUCUCAAUGUCACGCCGACAACGAGCUGGUCAGUCGACCCGUUUGGACAUGGACUUAUGAUGCCACUUUUGAACAGUUUAUCAGGUAUUCAGAACAUGGUGGUCGGACGGUUGAAUGACGAGCUGAAGAAAGAGAUGCGCGGACAUCGCUCACUGCAAUGGAGAUGGAAACAGCCGUAUGGAGAUGAGAAGUUUAAUCCGGCUCCUUUCGUGCACACUUUACCCUAUCUUUAUUACACGACACGGAAUGCAUGUGGACCCGAUGAACAGAUCUGUUGCCAAGGCCAAGUUGGACCAUCAGUUGGAUAUUUCGCGUGCCCGGGUGGUAUCAAUCGUUAUCGUAAUCAAACAGAGCAAAUGAGAGCCUAUGCCGAAAAACUCGUCAAUCAGUGGAAAAUGACACAAGACGUUUAUGGGCUGGAAAAGAUCUUGAUCCCGGUUGGCGAUGAUUUCUAUCUAUCGGACAAAAGAGAUUGGGAAGUGGUGGCUGAAUCGUGGGGUGAACUAUUGGAAGUGAUCAAUGGAGGGAAUUACAAUGUUAAGGCUUUUUUCUCAACGGUCACUGAAUACUUUGAGGCGCUGGACUCGCAAGAGAUCAUCCCAGCACUCACCGGAGACUUUUUCCCGUAUUUGGAGAAGCUCAACAAUCCGAAUAAAUACUGGACUGGGUAUUUCACGCAUCGACCCCAUCACAAACGAACCGAGAGAUUGCUGAUGGGUCAACUCGCCGCGCUCGAUUUGAUGAAAGUCGGUGCUAAUGAUUUGAAGAAUUUGGAGAUUUUGCAACUUGCAAGAAGAGACGUUGCCCUUUUCCAGCACCAUGAUGGGAUCACUGGUACGAGCAAGCCUCAUGUGAUGGAUGAUUACUUGUUCAGACUCCGAAACGCCUCAAUGGUGAUCCUAAACGAGCAGAGCCGACUUGUCAAAGAACGCCAUAAGGUGCAAGAUGAACAAGUGAAAAAUUCAAUUCGACCGUCCACAGACAAAGAUAUCCUCCAACCGGCUGUCAAUGUUUUCACUACAGGAGCGACAAGUCAAACCCUUUCCGUCUUCAACCCAUUACCCGCACGAUUUGCGCAGAAGAUCACUUUCACUGUUGAAUCGCCGAUGCUCUCAAUCAAAUCAAUGAAUGGUCCGAUUAAGCAUCAAAUUUUGCCAAGAAGACACGAGAGUCCGAAUGCGAAGACCAUUUAUGAGGUAAUUUUCUUCGAUCAUCUUCACCCAUUGGACUACACUGAGUACACAUUGAGUGCAAUGGAAAAACUUGAGCCCGAGAGUGAAUCGAUCAUUUAUGUGCAACAGGAGAGAAAGAAUCCCUAUCCCGAGAUGCACUACGAGGCGACAUUCGAUGGAAAGAGUUUCAAGACGAAAUUUGGAUCGAUUAGCUUGAACUUUGGAAAAACUAUUGAGAUCACAUCUUCGGGAAAUUUCGACCAAAAAUCGCUUGUUCUUGAUUUUCUUCUCUUUGAUGAUUAUGCAGGAGCCUAUGUUUUUGAGGGAAGCGAGAAAGAGUCUGUUUUAACACUGAAAGAGAUUGAGUACAUUGUCGACGGCCCGCUGGAAACCCAAGUCGCCGCGCUUUUCGGUUCCGAUUUGAUGAACGUGAAAACGCUAAUUCGAAUCAAUCACGAAUCAUUGAAGCAAGGCUAUGAAGAGAUUAUUGAGAUCGAUCUUCUCCCAAAACUGCCUGACAAGUACAACGUUUUUAUGCGACUACGCACUGAUAUCGAGAACAUUGAUGAGAAAAAGAAUACAACCCAUUUCAGCACUGACAUCAACGCGAUGUACAUGUUUGAGAGAUUCUAUGAAAAUCAUCUUCCAUUUGCCGCUAAUAUCUUUGCCACACCGACGGCUGGUUUUAUUCAGGACUCAAAAAAGCGACUAAGCGUCUUUACCGGUCAACCUUGUGGAAUGUCGUCGAAAAGAAAGGGUGAACUGUGGAUUCAUGCCGAUCGACAACUCUCAACACAAGAUGGAAAAGGAUUGAGCAUGAUGGAUGCAUGGGAGAAUCGACAAGCUAAUCCGAAAUAUCGAAUUCGAAUGGAGAAAAGAGCGACAAUGAACGAGUUAAAUGCACAAGCCGGUCAUUCAAUUCAAGGGAAAUUCACCCUUGACUCAAUGCUUUUCCCGCCAGCAGUGUUUUUAAUCAACAAAGAAGUCAACGAUCAACAAUCUAUCCCAGAAAUCGAUUGGAAUUGUGGAAUCGAGAUCGUCUCGUCGAGAUUUAUUGAUGAAAAAACGAUCCUCGUCAUCCUACGGCGAAACUCAUUCGAAAAAUUCGAUGAGAAAUUCGAGUUCUCUUGUGGAGAUUCGCAAUUGAAAGGCGUUUGGAAAUGGAUCUCAUCGAAAGGAGAAGUUUUUCACGCAUCGCUAACGGGCACUCAUCGAAGUGAGCAAACCACAGAAGAUUCGCUUCUUUCACGUCUUGGUCAACCUUUAGCAAUUGCUUCGUUUUUAGUCGAUUUA